AUGAUAGCUUGGUUCCUUUCUACUUUCUUCCCUGUCUCCCCCUUGCAAACUCGCCUUCUCUACCCGGAAGUUGAAAUGUGUGAGCACUGGACUUUGAUUUGUUCCAUUUCACCAUAUGCCACGGCUUCAAGCCACCAUGCCUACACCGACAGUCAGCUGGUCACAGCCGCCACUGGCAAGCGCAAGCUUCCUGGCAGCUAUCUAACCAACAAUGCGCUCGAAGCUUUUCCGGCACCUUUGAUUCUGCCUGGUGAUGACAUCGACUGCGAUCCGAAAUAUCCACCACAAAGCUUUCGAUCAUGGCUGAACCUCGGGGUGCGCAACCACGUGACAUCACGCAGAAAUGUAAUCUAUUUGGCUGCAGCACCAGAUAUCGACGUGGAUGUGGCUUUCAUGCGAGACUGGCAGCAUCCGAGACUUGGGAGAAACACGAGAAGGAAUGCCAAUCCAAUGGGAGCGGACGGCGUGGAUGUCAACGUGAUUGCUGCCUACCUUCGCACUUUCUACCAUGGCUUAGAGGUCAAGGUCCUUCCUCAGAGGCUGUAUUUUACUUCCUGGGAAGACGAGUCGUCUGCCAGACGCGGAUGCAGCACCCAAAAUCAAAAGUGCCAACAGGUGGGUCUCUCAACUGGUGGUGAAAUCGUUCGCAUUCGUGUGCGAUCAACACCUCCUGCAGAUACUGUCUCCCCACCGCAACUCUUCGCCUACCCAUACCAGCUGAAUCUGAACGAUCUUACCGAUGUAGCCAUGGAUAUCCUGCCGUCCGAUGCAUAUGCGCUGCUCCUGAUGACCGCACAUGACAUCUAUGAAUCCGACGAUGAUGAUUUCUGCUGUGGACGAGCAUGGGGCGCCAGCCGAGUUGCUAUUGUUUCGAGUGCAAGAUAUCACACAAUCAUGGACGAUUUGCAUGACGUUGAUGGCGAACAUGUAUGGCCCGCGAGUCAUUGCAAGGCGUUCGUCGAUGAGAUUAGUGCUCAGGGUCAAGCGGGAAUCUCUGGCAAAAGCGGCCGGAAGGCGAUGAAAGGAUCUAAGGCAGCAAAUGAACCGACCCUCAGUCUCGCAUCCACGCCUUUGCAAAAAGCGUUGAACGCGCACCUGCACGCUUUUUCAACAGGCAUAACACCCGAUGCCAACGCAGCUUCGACCCUUCUUUUUCGACUUUGUCGUACGACGUCUCACGAGCUGGGCCACUGCUUUGGACUUGAUCAUUGCAUGUACAAGGCAUGCGUCAUGCAGGGUAGCGGCUCGGUGGCGGAAGAUAUGCGGCAGCCGCCAUAUCUGUGUCCGGUGUGUGACAGGAAGAUUGCAUGGGCUAUCCUGCAAGGCAACUCCGCUCGGAAAGAGCAAAGUAGCACGACGAUGGACAGUCUUCCGAAUCAAGAAGGGAGAAGGCGUGCCAGAGACGAAUUUGAAGACUGUGAAGGCAAGAUAUCUGGCUGGAAAAGAGGUAGGUCCCUGGCAAUGAAGGAAUUCUGUGAGCGACAAAGAGGAAGCUUCACCGCGUUAGCAGCGUGGUGCGAUGCGAUGCUGGACAUUGGAGCGGAGGAGUCGUAG